GUUGAAUUGAGGGGAAAUGUGCUGAUCUGCUCAGUUGAUCGUGCCUGAAUCCUUAACGUGGGAGGCUGACUUCAAUUUAUAAGCGACCAAAACAGUUUGUUUGUUUGUUUUUUUUUGUGAGAUGCAGUACUAGUCAACAGUGGUUCAUUGUCACACGGAUCAAGUGAGCCUCGAAUAUACAAUGUCGGACUUUACCAGCACCUGAAAUAAGUGAUAGAAAUGUGGUUUUUCAUCGUUGGUUGGUUAUUCACAGCCCUGUGUGUUCUUGAAAACGCUUUUGUAAUCUAUUUGAUUAUUACAAGACCACAACUUCAUGUAACGGCAAACUGGUUCGUGGUGUCCCUCGCACUGGCUGAUCUCUGCGUCGGAUUAAGCUAUUUUCCCCUUCUUUUCAUUUCAAGUUUCUUCCCGUCAGAGCUAUCCGUCGACCACUCUGGACUUUGGUUCAAAAUCAGCCAUACAUUUCUCUAUUCCUCGACUUUGAAUCUUUGCGUCAUGACAGCAGAUAGGUACUUAGGAGUGACGACGCCUCUCAAGUAUCUCUUACGUAUGACAAAGAAAAGACUGGUUUACCUGAUCUCUUCGGCGUGGAUUACACCGCUGAUCCUUUUUACGCUACCGUGCGUUUUCAUCUAUUCUAGCGGGAAUGAAUUGUUCAUUUUCGGCUUCGAAAUGUUAAGAGUUUCGAUCUUCCAGCUCAUUCCAAGCAUUCUUUUUAUAUUUGUUAUCUGCCGCCUCUGUUUCAUAGCCAGAGACAUUUCGCGGAAAGAAUCGGUUCUUUUGGCUCAGAUCAGGUUUAAUUUUCAGCCGCAACUAAAUGUGACCAGAAAGAAAUGCAAGGAAAAAAAGGCUUCUGUAAAUAUGAUUAUCUUUAUUAUUCUGUUUUUCGUCCUUUGCCACAUUGGAGGAAAUCUUCGCUGUUUCUGUUACGUCUUCAAAACUUGUACCGUUUCUGACAGUUUGAAAAGGAUCAUCCACAUCUCUUUUGUUGCAAACUCAGCCGUAAACCCUUUGGUGUACGCCGUCUUGAAGAGAGAUAUAAAAAGAGAGCUGAUAAAAAUAUAUGCGUGUUCGAGAGAAAUUAACAUUUUUUAGACAUUAUCAUUAAAUUUAUCUAUCUUGCAUACCUGGCGAAAAGCUAACGAAAUUAAGUGUUAAACAUUUGAAAAGCCAGUGAAUACUGUAUUUAGGUUUGUAGAAGAUGAUGUUCUUUCAGUCAAUGUUUGGCUAAUUAGGCGUGUGUUGGUUUGGAAAAGUUAAAAAAAAAAACGUGUUGCGAUUACUAAAUAGAAUUGCACGCGUUUUGUGAUGUAAAUAACUCAUUAUUAUCAUUCCUGUUAGAUUCUGGAUGGAACAAAAUGUUCAAAUGAUCUUUGAUGUAAUUUUAGAGCGAUCGUUCCGCUUGAAGAAUAAACCUGUUCCUGUCAGUAAUUUUAGUAACAGCUUUUUUUAUGUCAGGUGAUGGGGCAUGCAAGAUAGAGCAUCCUGAGGCUGUCAUGUAAAAUUAUUGUUAAGCAACCAUCCUUUAGGUAAAAAUUGCGCCUUAAGUCGGCGUUUGUACUCAUCGAAAGAAUUAUAUCAAUUGCAAAAAUUGUAAAAUCAUUGUAUAGA